AUGUCUUACUACGAACCUCAGGGAUGGCAAGCACCUGCUGCGCGCCAGGCUUCUUGGGAACAGCCGGCGCCUCCCUCCCGGUCAGGCUCCAGCUCGGUCUCCCAGCGCGAGGACAUCCCGGCCUUCUCCUCCCAAUUUGACGAGGUCGAUCGUGCGAUCGACAAUCUCGUCAAGAGCGGGAAGCUUUGGAAUGCUCCUCGGCGGGAUUCGAUGCCCAUGAUGAUGGGCCGGCCCUACCCCGACUACGACCCUCGCAUGGGUGGUGCCCCCCAGCGACACCAUUCGAUCAGCGAGUUCGAUGGCAACAGAAUGCCCCCGUCUGGAAAUGCCCAGGGGUUCUAUGCCUCCCAGCGGUAUCAGGGUCGUCCCAACGAGGUGGAACAGAUGAUGCAGGCGAAGCGUCGGAUGGCAGCACAGCGUGAGAGGGAACUCCGCAACUAUCACCAGGAGCAACAGUACAACCGAAGCCUCCUCGCCGAAAUGUCUGCCUCCAAAUCGGACCGCUCCACCAGCCCAGCAGCCGCAAGCGAGGACAGCCGCCGCGACCUGCUCGCCCGCCAGCACCGAGCCCUGUACGGCAACGAAAGCCCCGCCUUCUUCCCACCUGGCCCUCUGGAUGAUAACUCACGCCCAGAUAGCCAAGGCCAAGGCCACGCCUCCCCCGCCGUAGACCCCUUCGGUCUGGCCGGCGAUGCCAACGCCAGCGCAAACUCCCCAACCCACCCCCAACCCACCUCCUCGCCCUCCUCCGCCGUCGCCGUAUCCGCCCCCUCCCCAACCGACUCCCCCCGUGCAAUGUCCGGCUCCGGCUCCGGUCCCGUCGGCCCCAUCGGCUCCCGCGUCGGCCAGCCCUCACCCCCGUCAAACCCCGCCCUCAACAAGCGCUCCAUCACCCCCCUCCCCUCCCCGCUAGGCCUGGGCUUCAAGCCCACAGACUCCGCCCCGACAGAGCGCACUUCCUCCGCAGGCCCGGCCCCCGUCGUGACAUCCACCGCACCGGCUAAAGAACCUGUUGGCGGAGCCGGCCUCGGCUGGAGUAAUGGCAGUGGUGUGUGGGGGUCCAAGAGCGGACUCGGCGUUCCAGCUUCUGUGUGGGGUUAA